AUGGGGAAGUCUACUAUCGCCGCAGUUACAUGUAAGCGUUUCUCGGAACAUUUUGGAGCAUGUCAUUUUUUCCAAUAUAAUAAUAGUAGAUACAAUAAUCCAAAAUUUCUCCUCCAGUCCUUGGCAUCGCAGCUAUGUCAUGUCAUUCCCGAAUAUAAGCAAAACCUUACCAAUAACUUAUUUGGUAAUAAAGCGCAGUUGUUGGACGACCAGAACGUCGAAGGAGUGUUCUCGAUCUUGUUUAACGAGCCAUUUUCAAACAUUCCCGACCCAGGUAAACAUUUUCUAAUCGUAAUAGAUGCGCUAGAUGAAUGCCGGCAGGAAGAAAAGCAGAAGCUUGUUGAUUUGAUAACCAAACAUUUUCACAAAUUUCCCAGAUUUAUUCGAUUUUUAAUCACAACCCGAUCAGAAACAGAUAUUGCCCGUAACUUCCAAGAAUUAAACCCCCUGUUUCUAGAGCCAGAUGAUGAACGGAAUUUAAAAGAUCUUCGACAUUUUUUUGAGAAUAAAUUGACGACCAUAUCUGAGUAUGUUCUAAGAGAAGAGAUUUUGCAAGAAAUAGUACAAAAAUCUGAAGGGCUGAUGCUCUAUGCAUCUUUUCUUUGUAAACUUUCUGAAAACGGCUCCAUCAUAUCUAACACUGAAAACUUACCUGGAGGUAUUGAAGAGACUUACAAUAGGUAUUUCAAUCGCCUUGAAGAGGAACUUAGAAAUCUGGGUAUUGAUGAAAAACAAAUUUUGAAAUUUUUAAGCGUAAUGGCAGUUUCAAAACGACCGCUUCCAUUAGCACUUCUUGAAAGAUUACUCAGCUCUGACAAAGAUUUGUCAAUUGCAGGUAGAACGUUGCGGAAAUUGAUUAAUUGCCUCUCUUCUCUCCUUAUGAUAAAGGAUGAAUCCGUGUCGUUUUUUCACAAAUCAGUGAAAGAUUGGCUAGUAAGACCAAAUCACGAUUUUACAAUCAUGGAGACAUAUGGCCAUAGAACGCUCGCUGAUAUUUGUGUUUUUCAAAUGGAAACAUUAAAGCAAAACGAAGUUAACCCAACAUUUGAUCUUCCUAUCGUCUAUGCAUUGCAGUACGGAAUACAACAUAUGCUAGAGGCGGAAAUAAAAGACAUGGAUUGUUGGACGAAAUUGAUAAACACCGUCAUUGAUUUAGAAAUUUUGCAGGCGAGUGUAUGUAGUGAUAUUUACACAACAUUAAGCAAUCUUUCUAGGCUAGAAAGCUACAAUAUGUGCAACAGCUUAAUAUGCGAGGAAACGCAAACUACCAUAAGAACGCUCAUCUCCAUAAUAAGAAAGUUUACAUACAUUUUAAAAGAUGUUCCGCAGUCAUUUUUGCAGCAUGUUGUAAAUGAAAAUGAUGAAGUACUUUCACCGAAAGCAUCUGCCUUGUUAAUGACACGCUACAAGGGUCUUGCAUAUUUCGAAGCGGAAGACAAAACGGAAACUAUUGAAAAUGCUUUGAUUGGUCGUACUUUAACAGAAAACAAAGUUUUAGAUAUUGAUAUUUCACCGUCAGAAGAUUUUCUCAUAUGUGGAUAUGCAAAAGGAAUUGAGUUGUUUUCUCUUCCUGAUUUUAAACCUCUUUGGAAAAUUGAAGAUUUUGUUUUAGAAAGGGCUGCCGAUGCAUUUCUUCGAGAAAUGUAUCGUAUACGACCUCGCUGCAUUGUUUUUCACCCUGCUGAAAACACUAUUUUUCUCGGACAGCUUACCCCUGUACUUAAUUUCGAAGGAAAAUUUGAAUCUGGGCAGAUUGUGUGCAAAGAGAUACCCAAUAAGUUUACAAGUUGCUGUUUUUCUCACGACAAUACCAAAAUGGUGACAAAUUACGCCAGUCAUAUGACAGUUUGGAAUCUACUUGAAAAUAAGAAAAUAGUAAGUCUUUCGUGUCGGUCAGAAUUAUUUUCCGUUUUGUUCUCGGCUAAUGACAGAUUUAUUGGAACAACAAACAUUCACGAGUUAUGUGUUUACGAUACUGAGAAUGGAUACAGCAUGGUAUCAAGUUCUUGUGGCGGAUACUUUGUAGUUUUAGUUUCAACGUUUUAUUCAGAUUCCUGGUACGUCCUUGAGACGUCUAGCGAGUUUCACCGAGAAUACAAAAUUGUUAAAUAUGAUCUAACAGUUACCCCUGGUCGGCCACGUAUUGUUGGGAAAUUUCCAGGUAACGCGAGGGCUGCCGCUAAAAUCCAAGCAGCAAACGAACGUAAUGAUUUUUCGUGGUUUCUCAAAGUAGGCUUCGGUUAUAUUUUUAUCCUUAGUAAUGACAGCAUUUUGGUUUCUGAAAUUCACGAAAAAGAGAUAAAAUUGUUUAGGCUAACUGAGCUAUUCCAGAAGCCAAACAAGAAAGUACGAGGAAUCAAUUGGUCUCUCUUUCUCUUGUUUCCGAAAGUUUUUUCUGUAUCAGUGAAUGGAAGAUAUUUUUACAUACACGACGAAAAAACUAAUUUUCACAUCGUGAAGCUUGGUUUGCCUUUGUCGGUAAAAUCCAUUAAAUUUCGCGAAGCGAAAGACCAUUGGAAAAGAAUGAAUAUUUUUGUUCCAGUAACAAAUGGUGUGUUCUCUUGUAGAGAGGUACGUAGCCCUUCAAUGAAAUUAUUUAUGCGUGAUAGUACGUUCUUUGUAGGCAUCCCAGAGCUGUGGAAUUUCGGGAUGACUCAACGUCUUGCCAGUUUCCCCGAAUUAUCUGGUACUUGUGAAUGUCUUUCAGUCUCAGAAGAUUUAGUUGCUUGUAUUAUGGCGUCGCAGGUUUGUUUCUUUAAUGUUUUGAAAACAGCAAUAGUUGCACAUACUCCAUUUCCUGAAGGCAUUUCAACCUCAUUACGUGAAGCCGAAUUUGAGCAAAUGAGGGUGAUUGCAUGCAGUAGUCUAUAUCAUGUGUUAUUGCGUUAUAAAGAAUCUACAUAUUUAUUACAAUAUGCGAACAGUGUAGAUUUAAAUUCAUGUGUAUUGAACAAUAUCAUGCCGGAAGUCGUAACUGGCAUAAGAACGGCUUGUUUCUCUCCUAAUGGACAGUUGCUGGCAAUUCGUUUUUCCUACAGGGAAACGUCAGUGUAUGUCUUAGACGUUGCUACACUAAACGUUCGUGGCAGAUUUUCUCUCUAUUCGGAAGAAAGAUCCGAACUGGAAUUUGUUGACGAGCAACACCUUCUUUGCAGGGGGUACAAUGAUUGCUUAUGUUUAAUUAAUGUCAAAACUUGUAACAUAUUAACUUGCUUCAGUCUUGGCUUAGACAACAAUCUAUGGAGAUGUGGUGUUUUUGCAUGCCGCAAUAUAGUUGGUAUUAUUGUUUACAGCACCCGUUUCGAAAAAUUAAAACUAAUUAAGCUUUGGUUACCACAGCAACGUAAAGAUGGGAAUGAAUUACUGGAAUGUUCUUGCUGUAUACAUGGUGGGAUUAUAAAUGACCUGCCCAUCUCGACUGAAAUUCCCACAGCACGUUGCAGAUGUUCUAUCAUAUAA